CAAAAUAAACUUUUAACAAAUUUUCAGCCGAGAAUGUAGGUGUGUAAACUUCAAAUACUUGCUCGGUUUUUGCCUGGAUUCCCAGCACAUCGUUUUCAGACACCCUGCGGUCUUUCGCUACUAAAGUUAAACAUGUAAGUCACUUAGAUAACCUAAAAAUGUUAUUGUUUGGCUUUUUUCAGUGUUUCAUUUAUUCCUGAGUAAAUCAGCUUGGCUGGGAUUUAAGUUAUAGUUUUCACACAGCUGAAUAAAUGUCAAACAGAAAACUGAUUAAACAGAAAUGUAGGAUGGUAGAAAAGGCCAAAGUGUCAUGCUUAUUUUAUAUUUUGUGAAAUAUAAAAUAAAAUAAAAUAAUAUAAUUAAAAUUAUAAAAUUAUAUUUCAACACUAAAAUGUUUUAGUGCCCUUCUUCAAAGCUGCCUUGUGUGAUGCAAACAACUUUCCAUAUCUGGAGAAAACAGCCAAAAAAGGUACCAGGCUUUUCAUGAGUAACCUCAAAUCACUCUUAUCUGAACUGACGUGGGAAACAACAAAUCUGCAGUGUGCAGUGCAUUUUAUAGCUGAUUCCACCUUGUGGGAGUAGUUCUUGGCAAAAAAACAGAAGCUCCCUUUAUCUUUGAUGUAGACUGCCUGUGAAAGCUGUGGGCAGCAUUUAAAAGUACAACAGUAAGAUGUACAGCUAAAUUACAAAUACUGCAAAACUGAAAUUUUAUAAAAAUACCACCUGAAUCUUCUCUUCUUGUCUGCUCUGUCAUGAUGGGCUAAUUUUUAUUAUUUUAUUUCAGUACACACCCCACAUCCCUGUUCAUCUAGAGUAUAUUGGAUCACAUAAUACAAUAUCAGGACAACCCAUGGUGAUAUCCACUGGGAUGCAGUCCAUGGAAACCAUACACUGUGUCUACAAGAUAGUAAAGGAGCACAAGCAAAACUUCACCCUCCUGCAGUGCACCAGCACCAACCCUUUGGAUCCUAAAGAGGCCAACCUCAGUGUGAUCAAGCUGGGCAAGUCAGUGAUAGCUAAGGUGGCCAUUUCCAAAGGUACGGUGCUCUGCCUUCACAUGUUUGCAGUGAAGGUUGGUGAGCCAAAGGGCAUCCCUCCAGAGAACAUGCAGAACCUGGUGGGCAAGAAGAUCAAAGUGGACAUGGAUAAAGAUGACAGCAUUUUGGCAGACGUGAUAGAAUAAAAAAAUUUCCAAAAUUGUUGAAAAGAGGCAGGCAGAUAGAGAGGGUUAGAAAAUGUAGAAAGAAAUUGGACAGGUGAUGUGAACAGACAGAGAAACAGCAAAUAAGGGAAGAAAAUAUGGGCUUAAAUGAAGAUAAAGUGGAUAUCUGAUCAAAUUAAUGGGAAGAGAGCAAUUGUCAUUACUCUGCAUAAUUUGCACAAAUAAAGCAAAAUAAAUGUAAACAUGUCUGUACUUCAGAAUUAGAAUGCAGCUUAAGGUGCUCUAUCUGUAUACAUCCAUGCACUGUUUGUAUGUAAAGGCCUUUUAGGAAAAAUAUCUGCAUAUUCUCAUGUUAGGAAUAAAUGUUUACAUUUACAGCAGCAGAUGCAAACAUAUCUGAUGUGCAAACAUUUUCUGCCAAGAUAAGGAAACAACUGUAUAUGAGAUUUGUCAAAACUGACACAUGCACUUUAUAAGAUUAUACAAACACCUUCACUAUUUUGUGAGAGAUUUUUUCCUGCUUUAUUUUCACAGCGCGAAUUAUUGAGAAAAAUGGUGAUAUAUGGUUAUAUAGGUUCCACACCAAUCAAACACACCUUUACCACCUGUCAUUUUUGCAGGCUUUACAUUUGGAGAAAUGAUUACGGUCCUGGAUUUCUUUAAUAAUUAUCUUUUAAAUAAAAAAAGUUCUAAAAACA